AAGAGCUCCCUUUGUUCUUCCAUUUGACUUUUCUGUAGCAAAACAAACAAGACUUGUUUUCACAUAGAGAAGAAUGGCAAACUUUGUGUUUUUUGUUUUACAAUACCUCCAUUUCCAUUGCUUCCUCCUCUUCUUCUCUGUCCCUUUUCCUCCCCCAAUUCAUCAUAUAAUUCCUAACUAGCUAACAACCCCUUGUUCAAUUUCUUUUCUCUCCCCAAAUUCAAUGGCUCUUUCUUCCAAAUGAUCCCUCUAUUCCAUUCCCCCUUUCUCCCAUGAACGUAUGCUCUAAUGGAUAGUAGAACUGCUUUUUCGGAUUCCAAUGAUAUUAGUGGAAGCAGUAGUAUAUGCUGCAUGAACGAAUCGGAAACUUCACUGGCAGACGUCAAUUCCCUCAAACGUCUAUCAGAAACACUAGAGUCUAUCUUCGAUGCGUCUGCGCCGGAUUUCGACUUCUUCGCUGAUGCUAAGCUUCUGGCUCCAGGCGGUAAGGAAAUUCCGGUGCAUCGGUGCAUUUUGUCGGCGAGGAGUCCUUUUUUUAAGAAUGUAUUCUGUGGGAAAGAUAGCAACACGAAGCUGGAACUCAAAGAGCUGAUGAAAGAGUAUGAGGUGAGUUUUGAUGCCGUGGUCAGUGUGCUCGCCUAUUUGUAUAGUGGAAAAGUUAGGCCUGCAUCUAAAGAUGUGUGUGUUUGUGUGGACAAUGAGUGCUUGCAUGUAGCUUGUAGGCCAGCUGUGGCCUUCAUGGUUCAGGUUUUGUACGCAUCCUUUACCUUUCAGAUCUCUCAAUUGGUCGACAAGUUUCAGAGACACCUAUUGGAUAUUCUUGACAAAGCUGUAGCAGAUGAUGUAAUGAUGGUUUUAUCCGUUGCAAACAUUUGCGGUAAAGCAUGUGAAAGAUUACUUUCAAGAUGCAUUGAUAUUAUUGUCAAGUCUAAUGUUGAUAUCAUAACCCUUGAUAAGUCCUUGCCUCAUGACAUUGUAAAACAAAUCACUGAUUCACGUGCUGAACUUGGUCUGCAAGGGCCUGAAAGCAAUGGUUUUCCUGAUAAACAUGUUAAGAGGAUACAUAGAGCAUUGGACUCUGAUGAUGUUGAAUUACUAAGGAUGUUGCUUAAAGAGGGGCAUACUACUCUUGAUGAUGCAUAUGCUCUCCACUAUGCUGUAGCAUAUUGCGAUGCAAAGACUACAGCAGAACUUUUAGAUCUUUCACUUGCUGAUGUUAAUCAUCAAAAUCCUAGAGGACACACGGUACUUCAUGUUGCUGCCAUGAGGAAAGAACCUAAAAUUAUAGUGUCCCUUUUAACCAAAGGAGCUAGACCUUCUGAUCUGACAUCCGAUGGCAAAAAAGCACUUCAAAUUGCUAAGAGGCUCACUAGGCUUGUAGAUUUUACCAAGUCUACAGAGGAAGGAAAAUCUGCUCCAAAGGAUCGGUUAUGCAUUGAGAUUCUGGAGCAAGCAGAAAGAAGAGAUCCACUACUAGGAGAAGCUUCAUUAUCUCUUGCUAUGGCAGGCGAUGAUUUGCGUAUGAAGCUGUUAUACCUUGAAAAUAGAGUUGGUCUGGCUAAACUCCUUUUUCCCAUGGAAGCAAAAGUUGCAAUGGACAUUGCACAAGUUGAUGGCACGUCUGAAUUACCCCUGGCUAGCAUGAGGAAGAAGAUAGCUGAUGCACAGAGGACAACAGUGGAUUUGAACGAGGCUCCUUUCAAGAUGAAAGAGGAGCACUUGAAUCGGCUUAGGGCUCUCUCUAGAACUGUGGAACUUGGAAAACGGUUCUUUCCACGUUGUUCAGAAGUUCUAAAUAAGAUCAUGGAUGCUGAUGACUUGUCUGAGAUAGCUUACAUGGGGAAUGAUACAGUAGAAGAGCGUCAACUGAAGAAGCAAAGGUACAUGGAACUUCAAGAAAUUUUGUCUAAAGCAUUCACGGAGGAUAAAGAAGAAUUUGCUAAGACUAACAUGUCCUCAUCUUGUUCCUCUACAUCUAAGGGAGUAGAUAAGCCCAAUAAUCUCCCAUUUAGGAAAUAGAUUUUGUAUUAGGACAUAUGAGGAAGAAACACAGGACUCUCUUUCUUUUUCAUCAUUUGAUGCAUACAAAACACAUGUACCAUAAACUUGUAUUGUGAAAAAAAGAUAAAAUUUCAUUAUUA